AUGGGCUCUGAGACCACUACUCUCAGGCUUCCUAUUAUAGAUUUCUCCAAGGUAGAAUUCAAGCCAGACAAUGUUGAGUGGGACUUGGUUAGAGUCCAAGUUCAAGAAGCCCUUCAAGAAUUUGGUUGCUUUGAAGCAUUGUUCGACAAAGUUCCCAGUGAGCUCCGAAAGUCGAUUUUUGAUGCAGUGGAAGAACUUUACAAUCUCCCUCUAGAAACCAAGCAGAAAAACUCCUCCCAGAAACUCUUUCAGGGCUACCUCGGGCAAUUGCCAAUGAUGCCACUCUAUGAAGGAAUGGCCAUCAACGAUGCAAACCUCCUGGAAAAAGCCGAAAGCUUCACUAAUCUGCUUUGGCCAGAAGGGAACCCAGGUUUUUGCAAAACUAUACAAUCAUUCUCAGAGCAACUAUCUGAAUUAGAUCGGAUAAUUCGGAGGAUGGUGUUGGAGAGCUUUGGUGUAGAGAAAUACUUAGAUGAACACAUUGAAUCAACCAACUACGCUCUUCGAGUAUUGAAAUAUAAUGAACCCAAAACCACUGAGACCAUGCUUGGUCUGAAAACUCACACAGAUAAAAAUUGUAUGACCAUAUUGUGUGAAAAUCAAGUUCACGGGCUAGAAAUACAGACUAAAGAUGGGAAAUGGAUGAAUGUCAAACCUUCACCAGACUCUUUCACAGUCUUGAUCGGGGAUUGUUUUUACGCGUGGACUAAUGGCUGGCUCCAUGCUCCGACUCAUCGGGUAAUGAUGAGUGGGUUUAAGGCAAGGUACAGUGUUGGGUUUCAAUCAAUCCCAAAAGGAGGUUACAUAAUAAAAGCCCCAGAAGAGCUUGUGGAUGAAGACCACCCUAUACUUUUCAAGCCCUUUGACUAUGUCGAAUUCAUCGAAUUCUACGACACAGAAGCUGGUCGGAAAGCCAAAUCUGCUCUGAAAACUUAUUGUGGUGUAUGA